AUGGCGGGAUUUUCAAUAUUUUCUCGCUCGCCGUGUAAACCAAUCUACGCAAAAGUUAGUACAAUGGAUGCGGAUUUGGAGAAAAUUGUGAUUGAAAAAACGUGGACUGGAAGGCAUUUGUUUGAGGCGGUUUGUCGAAUUAUCGGACUUCGGGAGACCUGGUUUUUCGGGCUGCAGUUUACGAACAAAAAGAAUAUACCGUGCUGGGUGCAGAAUGAUAAAACGGUGAUUUUUGAAACAAAAUUUGAAAAAUUAAAAUAAAAAGUGUUGAAAUUUUAGAUCUGCUCGCAAGAAGUGCCAAAAAACAGCGAUGGAAGUUUUCAUUUCCUGUUUCUCGUCAAAUUCUACCCGGAAGAUGUGGAACCCGAGAUUAUUCUCGAUCUUACUCGUCAUUUAUUCUUCCUACAGAUCAAACAGGCGAUUCUUUCAAUGGAUUUGUAUUGCUCUCCAGAAGCUAGUGUUUUGUUGGCCAGUUUUGCGGUUCAAGCGAUGGUGGGUUAACUUUAAAAAAAAAGAGAAAAAAAUAAAUAAAAAAUACCGUAGUUUGUUCAAAGGCACACACACACUUUUGCAAAGCCCGUGUAGUUCUCUCGGAGAAUGAAAAAAAAUUUUUGAAAAUUUUUGUUUUCACACAGCUGCAAAAACCGAUUGUGCGCCAGCAAUGUCUCCUGCACUCUUCUCUCUCGCCCUCCACGGGCGUGUGUGUUUGUCGGCGUCUCUAUAGGCGCACACUCUCUCUCGCCGAAAAAUUAUUUUUUUUUAUUUUUUCUCGAAUUUUUUGAAAAAAGCUGAAGUUAGCGGAAGUUUCAACAAAUGAAUCGUACAUGAGAAGAUAGAGGAGAAUGAGACGAAGACAGAGAAAUAUAAUUUGUUGAGUGAAAAAAUUUAUUAGGCGUGAAAAACGUGAGAUUUUGAAGUACCCUCACAAAAAAGAUAUUUUUGAAAUAAUGAAGCAAAACUUUCAAACUUUUUAUAUGAAAUAAGAUGUUUAAUAUACUUAUGUUGAAAAAAGAAAGAAGAACUUCUUACCGGACAAUGAAUUUGUACUGUUAGACGAGAGAAUAACCAGCCUUUGUCUUAAAAAUUUCAAAGAACCGAUGUUUUUCGGGAAAAAUUUCAACAGUGAUUGGAAUAAUUACAAGUAUGGCUUACAAUUUCAUGAUAAAAUCAUUUUUUAUUUUCGCUGAGCUGUUUCUGAAGCUUAUAAAGCAGGAUCUCUUCUAACAAUCAGAAUACCACAUUAAUCAUCGAAAUUUGAAGUUCUAUCCCACAGCUCCUAAUUUUGCGGCACUUUUUGAUCGAAAUUUGAAGAAAAUCAACAAAGCUCAAGUUGAAAGCAGCAAAAAUUUAUUAAAAAUCUGUUAUUUGAAUAGUAUUAUCAACUCCACUUCGUCCAUGAUCGAAACCGCUGAUUCCACUUGGCUGACGUUCGCAAUACCUGAAAACAAAAUUGUGUGUUUGAAUUAAACAGUUUUGAAUCAUGGACAUAUGAAAUAUUAGUUCUUAUUAAAAUAAAAUGCGAUGAAAAUGAAAAUAUAAUUUUACUUUUCGAAAAUGAACGGUAGAAAUAAUAUUAGAACAUGUAUCUUGAUAUAGUUUUUGCUGCUGAGAAAGAUAGACUAAGUCUUCAUACUCCCCCGUGCCUCUAUCAUGGUGAAAUAACGUCAAAAUGACGGAAACAUUGAAUUUUUAUUAUUUCUUCAAGUGAUUUUACUAUUUUAUAAAAAUCAAUUAAAAAUUGGAAUUACCUUCAAUAAAAUCUUCCAUAGAAUCCUAAAACUCUUUUCGUGAGGCUCUCCACGUGAAUUCCUUUGUGAAUUUCUGGUCAGGUUGGCAAUCAAUUGGAUUCGUUCAUCGAAAUAAUUUUUGUUUGGCACUCUCCGACAUCUUCAUGUUUCCGUCAACUCGUAUCACGCUCAUCUAGAUAUAAAAUCAUGAUUUUUUGAUAAAUUUAGAUACGAAUAACUCACUUUUCAACAAGAAAAAUAUUGAUUCGCCGACCUCGAAAAAUGCUUCUCUGAUGCAUCGCAUCUCACUCAAAAUCAUCGCAAAUUCAUCUCCAACCAAUUGUAUAUUCAUUCCAACUCACAAAAAUUCAAACUCGAUCAAUUCCAGAAUAAAAAAAAUUUUCUUCGAAAAAAAUGGACCUCAUAAAAACAACUUUAGCAUCCGUCAGCCCCAUUUUCAUCACUCGAUCCAAACAUAAUAAAAUUCUCCUUUAAAUUCUCUACAAACGAUAGUCUGUCCGAAUAUGUGAAACUUCCUGAAAAACUCACAAAAAAAUAAAAAAGAAGAAAAAAAUUAAUUUUCUGAUGGAAAAAAACAAAAAAAAAGAAAAUUUUUUUCUCGUGCAAAAACCGAAAACGCGUCAAGUGCUGGCGCGUUUCGCGCGAUCAUUCAGUUUUUGCAGCUGUGUUUCACAGCAAAACCAGGCAUUUUCAGCACGGCGAUUGUUGCGAUGAAGUCGGCUCGCUGGAUCUCGACAAACUUCUGCCUCGCUCAGUCAUCGAACAAUACGAUAUGACAGCAGAUAUGUGGAGAGAUCGAAUAAAGCGAUGGUGGUCGAGGAAUGCUGGACAAUCGCGCGAAGAGGCGGAGCUGGAAUAUUUGAGAGUUGCGCAAGAUUUGGAGAUGUAUGGCAUUUUGUAUUAUCCAAUUUGUGUGAGUUUUUGAAGGGGGAUUUGAGAAGAAAUGGGGAUUUUUGCCCUGAAAACAGGCAAAUUUCGAUAGUGCGCACUUGCUCACCUGUGCUUUCUAGUUGAUUUCCGCUUAAGCGGCAAGUUUCUCUCAUUGCUACAUGCUCUAUGGUCAAAUUUCGAGGGAAUGUCAAAACAAUAUAAUGAAAAUCCAUUAAAAAUUUGUUGAAACAGUGAAUAUUUCCAAGAAUCUAAAAUGUUCAAUUAAUAAUUUUCAUGAAAAUAAUUUGAAACGGUAAUUUUUAGAACAGUUUUUCAUAAAUAAGUUGAUCAAAUUUGAAAAAUUAUAAAAAAAAAUUAUAAAUAUUUUCUGAAACAGUGAACAUUUCCAAGAAAAAUUCAAGAUAAUAUAUAUAUGUUUUAAUAAUUUUGAAAAAUUAUGAAAGUUCAUUUAAAAAUUGUUGAAACAGUAAAAUUUUUCAGUCUAAAAAUCCUGAAAUUUAAAUGUCAAUUCAUAAAAUAAAAUCUCCUAUUAUCGAAUUUUAAAGAAUUCUGAAAACUCAUCAAAAUUUAUUGAAACAGUGAAUUUUUCAUAUUUUGCUGAAUUCCAGGAUCAAUGCGACUUUUUUUAAAGAAUAAUAAUUAUUUUUUGAAACAGUGAAAAAUUGGCAGCUUGAAAAUCCAGGUAUUUUGAAACAUCAAAAUGGGAAAUCUCAAAAAUUCUUCCGUUUCAGCGGCCAGGUUUCUCUGCGUCUCUAGCUCUCUGAUUUCUCUGCGUCUCUUCCACAUCAAAAUGUUUUCCAGAAUCAAAAAGAAACCGAUCUUCACUUAGGAAUAUCCGCCCAAGGUCUCGGAAUCUACAAAGGUGUCAAUCGAAUAACGCCCCGCCCAUUCUUCAGUUGGUCAGAAAUCAAAAACAUCCAAUUCAAGGCUCGAAAAUUCCACAUGAAAACCGUGGACAAAUCCACAAUCUCAUUCAAAUCGCGAGAAACAUCGAUAGAUUCAUCGAUUCUUGAUUUGUGUAUUGGAACACAUAAUCUUUAUUUGAGAAGAAGGCAACCGGAUACAUUGGAAGUGCAACAAAUGAGAGCGCAAGCCAAGGAGGAUAAAUUGAGGAGAAGUGCGGAAAUUGAAAAGUUGUCGAUGGAAAGGAAAGAGAGGGUUCAGGCGGAGAAGGAAUUGAAGGAAUUAAAACAGCAGGUUAGCAAGAUUUUUGGGUUGAAAAUAUAGAGAAAUUAUUGAAACAGUGAAUUUUUCGCUUUCAAAGUUUUAAUUAAUUUCGUAAUCGAAUUUUUAUAUUUCUCGGAACAAUAGAAAGAUUUAAUGAAAUUUCAAAAUGUAUUCAAAAAAUGACAAUUUUUUAAAACGGUGCCUUUUUGACAAAAACGUUAUUUUAUUAAUUUUAUAAAUUCAUGCAAAACUUAUGAAGAUUUGUUGAAACAGUGAAUGUUUUCUCAUUUUUUCUAAAGAUUUUGUACCGAUCCUGCAAACUUGCAAUCGAAUUCAAAAAAUUUCUAAUAAACGCAUAAAAAUAUUUUUGAAACGGUGAAAUUUCAAGAGGCAUUUUUGACAUGAAUUUCACAACUAAAAAUCUGGGAAUUUUUGAAAAUAAUUUGAAAUAGUGAAUUUUAGUCACACAUCACAUAAUCAAAUUUCAAAAUUUCAUCAAAAAUAAUAAUAAUUUUUUGAAACAGUGAAAUUAAUAUUUAAUUUUUUUUCAUGGUUUUUUUAAUAUCGUUUUAUAAAAUUCAAAACUUUCAUGAAAAUUUAAUUGAAAAAUUUUACUGGGAAUUUUCAAUGUUUUUUUCAAUUUUGUCAUUUUGUCAAUCAAAUUUUCGAAAUCGUUUUUGAUUUUAUUAUGUUAAUGAUAAUUUUUUGAAACAUUGAAAUUUCACAACUCUGGGAAUUUUUGGCAUGACAGAAAAAUUCAAUCGAUUUUAAUGAAAAUUUAAUUGAAACAUUUUACUGGGCAUUUUCAAUUUUUGGUCAAUCAAAUUUUUAAAAUUUCAUCAACAAUAAUAACAAUUUUUGAAACAGUGAAAUUUUUAUUUAAUAAUCUAGGACUCCCAAAAAGGACCCUCAAAAUCAUGUUUGAUAUCAAAAUGUAUCAUUUUUCACCGUUUUCUCUAAAUUUACCUUUCAAAAUCAAGAUUUGUUUAUCAAAUACUAAUUAAAAUUCAAAAUUUCAUCAAAAAUAAUAACAAUUUUUUGAAACAGUGAAAUUUAGCAACUAAAAAUCCGGGAAUUUUUAUCAAUAUUUCACGCUACAACAAAAUUGUUUACCAUCGAAUUUGAAAAAUUCUAAAAUUUCAUGAAAAUCAGUUGAAACAGUGAAUUUUUUAUCUUCCUAAACGUUCUUUUAUUUUAUUUAAUUAAUGAUAAUUUUUUGAAACAGUUAAAUUUCACAACUAAAAAUCUGGGAAUUUUUGGCAUUCAUCUAAAAAGUUCAAUCGAUUUUCAUGAAAAUAAUUUGAAACAGUGGAUUUUGGAACCAAACACCUCACGAUCAAAUUUCAAAAUUUCAUCGAAAAUAUUGAGAAUUUUUUGAAACAGUGAAUUUUUCAACCAAAAUUUAUAUCAAAAUUCAUCAUUUUCCUCAUAUUUUCCCCAAUUCCAGGUCGAAAUAAUGACAAUGGAACUCUUAAAAGCUCAAGACACAAUUCGAAAAACCGAAGAAGCCAACGAUCAAUUAGCCGAAAAAGCGCGACAUUCCGAACAUGAAACCUUGAUGUUAUAUAAACAGAAAAACGAAGUUGAAGCCGAAUGCAAUCGACUUAGUAUGAGCAAUAUGAAGAGUGAAGAGGCAUUAUUGAGAAUGGAGAGAAAAGCGAGAGAAGCUGAAAUAUUGGCGAAACAGAUGUCGAUGAGUUUGGCGGAUGUUAGUGUGGAUCGCAAGAAUACUUAUCAGGGUUCGAAUGGGACUGCGAGUGGAGCAAUGUAUUCUAGUCAAACUGCACUGGUUUUGGAUCCGGUUAGUUUUUUGGGGGUGGAUUUUAUGACGUAGAUAUUCCUCUGAAAUGUUUGAUUGAAUAUUUAUUUUUGAAAUUUCUGUCUGAAAACAUUCUGUCUCAAAUUGUAGCCUGAAAUUCGAAAUGAUAUUUCCGCUGAAAAAUCAAAAUAAAAAUAUUCUUCAAAAAUUAUGAAGAAAACUUGAAACAGUGAAAUUUUCGACCAAGUAUUUUGGUCUGAAAAUGGAUUUUUCUGUGAUUUUUAAGCUGAAAAUUUCAAAGUUUGUUUUCAUGCAAAAAAUUAGAUCUUUUGAAUCAAAAUAAAAUAAUUCUGCAAAAAAUUUGGAGAAAAAUUGAAACAGUGAAUUUUUCGACCAAGGACUUAUCUAAAAUUUGAAAUUUUUGCAUAAAUUUUGAUUUUUGAACUGAAAUUGUUAAAAUUAUUUUACUGAAAUUUUUCUGAAUUUUUCGAUUAAAUUUUGAUCAUAUAAUAAUUUUUGAACUGUAUAUUUUCUGUGAUUUUCCCGUUAAAAAUUAAAUUGUGAAAACUAUUUUCAUGCUGAAAAGUUAUACUUUAAUCCAUAAAUAUACUAAAAGUGAUCAAAAUGAAAAAAAAAUUCUAUGAAAAUUAUCAAACCUCACCCAAGAACCUGGAGUAGUGGGUAAAAAAUUGCCCACCUGGGUUUAUUUUCGAAAAUUGCCCACCUACUAAAAAAAAUUUUGCCCACCUGAGGCUCGCCUUGAAGACCCUAAAAAAAAUUUGCCCAGCUAAGGCUCGCUUUGAAGACCCUUAAAAAAAUUUGCCCAGCUAAGGCUCGCCUUGAAGACCCUUAAAAAAAUUUGCCCAGCUAAGGCUCGCCUUGAAGACCCUUAAAAAAAUUUGCCCAGCUAAGGCUCGCCUUGAAGACCCUUAAAAAAAUUUGCCCAGCUAAGGCUCGCCUUGAAGACCCUUAAAAAAAUUUGCCCAGCUAAGGCUCGCCUUGAAGACCCUUAAAAAAAUUUGCCCAGCUAAGGCUCGCCUUGAAGACCCUUAAAAAAUUUGCCCAGCUAAGGCUCGCCUUGAAGACCCUUAAAAAAAUUUGCCCAGCUAAGGCUCGCCUUGAAGACCCUUAAAAAAAUUUGCCCAGCUAAGGCUCGCCUUGAAGACCCUUAAAAAAAUUUGCCCAGCUAAGGCUCGCCUUGAAGACCCUUAAAAAAAAUUUGCCCAGCUAAGGCUCGCCUUGAAGACCCUUAAAAAAAUUUGCCCGGCUAAGGCUCGCCUUGAGGACCCUUAAAAAAAUUUGCCCAGCUAAGGCUCGCCUUGAAGACCCUAAAAUACUUUGCCCACCUAGAUUUUUCGACAAAAAAAUUGCCCACCUGGAAUUCCAGGUAUUGGGUGAGGUUUGAAAAUUAUGAAAAAAAUUUGAAACAGUGAAUUUUUCUGCUUAGGAUUCAUCUAGGUUUGAAUACGAAAUUUUUCGAUUAGAUUUUGAUCAUAUAUUAAUUUUUGCGUGCGAUUUUUCCGCUAAAAAUUAAAUUGGGAAAAUUAUUUUCAUACUUGAAAACAGUAUAUUUUAAUUCAUCAAAAUGGAAAAAGCGAUCAAAAUAAAAUAAUUCUGCAAAAAAUUUGGAGAAAAUUUGAAACAGUGAAUUUUUUUGGAAAAAUUCUAAGAAGGUGAAAUGUUUCCCAAACUUCAGGAAAAAAUUUUGAGUCGAAUUUUCUAGUUGAAAUUUUCUGGAUUUCAGUGAGAAUUCUGAAAUUUUAGACUUAAUUAGGAGGAGUAGUUGAAACCCUCAUUAAAAUAAAAUAAUUCUUCAAAAAUUAUGUAGAAAAUUUGAAACAGUGAAUUUUUUUGCCUUGGAAAUUUAUCUAGGUUUGAAGUUUUUUCUGCGUGCGGCCAGUUUCUCUGCGUCUCUGCCACGUCAUAAUUCAAAUUUUUUUUACAGAGCUGGACUCCACAAAUGACAACUUCAGGAUCCUAUCAUCAACUUCAAUCUAUGGAUUGUAGGUUUUUUGGGCUGAAAAUUCUCUCAAAAUUGGGCAUUUUUAUCUGAAAAUCUUGAUUUUCAGCCUCUCAAAUCCCCCAACACCACCAACUAUCUCGAAGUUUUCAUCAACAACAUCAAUAUCAAAAUCAAUCACCACAAUAUCAGAUGUUACCAGCUCCACCACCUCCACCAGAUCCUCUACAAAUUUUCGAACUUCAAACGAUUCGCGGCGAAUUGGAAAAAUCGCGAGGCGAAUAUGAGAAACGCGCGAGACAGUUCAAGGAACAUCUGGAAGAGCUCAGGGAGGAUAUUGAUGGACUGAAGAGGGGAGAUCUGGGAACUGGAGCUGGAGGUGGAAGAUCAGAGCUGGAUGCUAUACAUCAGCAGAAUAUGGCGAUGGGUUUUGAUAAAUUUACGACGAUGAGAAUGGUGGGUUUUUUGGGGGAGGGAGAAUUUUGAGCUGAAAAUCUGAUGGAAACCGAAUUUUUUUGGCUAGAAAUCUGGAAUUUCGAGCUAAAAAAUUACUAAAAAAUCUAAAUAUUUUUUCAAUGUUUCAAAAAAUUUUUGAAUUGUGUUUUUGAAAUUUUAUUCUGAUCUUUCUUCUAUGAUCGAAUUUGGAAAAUUAGAAACAAAAACUCAUUUUUCUAGCUCAAAAAAGUCCCGAAAAAUUUCACUGUUUCGAAAAAUUCAUGUAAAUCUCGUAGCUUUUAUUAAUAUUUGAUAGAUUUCGUAGUUUUAAAAUACUUCUCAAAAAUCCAAAAAUCAAGUUUUCCUGCCUCAAAAUUUGAAUAAAAAAACGAUGAAAUGUAUUUUUGAUGAUUGUAAAAACUAUAAAAUAAUUAUUCUAAAAUUUCAAAAAUCUUUCCAGAAAUUAAUUUUCCAACAAAAUUUUUCACUGUUUCAAAAAUUAAGUGAAUUGAAAUCGUUAAAUUGUUUUAAUAGUGAAAAAUCGAUAUGAAAGUCCUCAAAAAAGUGUUUCAAAAAUUUCAUAUAAAUUUUGUUACUACAUAUAAUAUCGAUUCAAAGUUUGAAUGAAACAUUUUGUCGGAAUAUUUUUUCACUGUUUCAAAAAAUCCAGAAAAUCAAGUGUUUUUCAAGCAAAUUUUGAUUUUCUGAUGUUAAAAAAUCUGAUAUUGCCCCAAAUGUUACUGCUUGAAAAUUCGAAAAAAAAUUAUUUGGUUCAAAUAUUUUUUCACUGUUUCAAAAAUUCAGUGAAUUUGAAUUUUGUUCUUGGAAUUUUAUUCAACUACUUUCCCCAUUAAGCAAAAGUUCUAAUAAAUUUUCACUGUUUCGAAAAAUUGGGAAAUUCGAAUUUGAAAAUAUAAUUUUGAUAAAUAAUCCUAGUUGUAGAAUCCAAGAAAUCAAAAUUUUUCUGCUUCAAAAAAAUUCACUGUUUCAUAUAAAUUUGGGACUGGGUUUUUGUUUUGAUUCAGCCUCUAACAAUGUUUUCCAAAUUUCCCAAAAGUUUUUGAAUGAAAAAUUCGUUUCAAAUAUUUUCUCACUGUUUCAAAAAAAUUAGGAACUUAAAAUUCAAAAUAAAAUUUUUAUACACCUUGAAAUAUCCAGAAAAAAUGUUCUGCAUCUAAAAAAAAUUUCACUGUUUCGAAAAUUUCAUAAUAAUUUUGUGACUGGUUUUUUCUGAUAAAACUUCAAAAGAAAUUCCAAAAAUCUUCAGUUCAGAGUUUUUCUGGUUACAAAAAGAUAAUGAAAAAUUUAGUUUAAAUAUUUUUUCACUGUUUCAAAAAAUCCAAAAAUUCUAGUGUUUUUCAUUGAAAUUUAGUAUGGAUUUCAUCCUCGUUAUCCAGAAAAUUUCAAAAUAUUUCACUGUUUCAAAAAAUCCAGAUAUCAAAAUUAUUUUUUGAUUUCGCAAUUUAUGUAGUCCUGAAUUUGAAGAGAAGCAACAAAAACAUUAGAUUUUUCAGAAAAAAAAAAUGAAAACCAGUUUCAAAAUUCCCAUGAUUUUCCACUGUUUCAAAAUUUUGUGAAAGUCACUUAUUUUUAUUCAAUUUUUGAUUCGACAAUCCUACAAAUUGUGUUCCAAACCCCGAUUUUCUAGCUCAACAAACAGUUCCAAAAAAUUUCACUGUUUUGAAAAACUGGGAAGUUUGAAUUUAAAAAUUAAAUUUCGUUUAUCUUGAAAAAGUUGCUCGAAAAUCAGUCUGAAAAUCCCGAAAAAAAAUUCUGCUUCAUAAAAAUUCACUGUUUCAAAAAUUGCAUAUAAAUUUUGUGAAGCUUUUGCUACAGCUUCUAAUAGUUUUUUCCCCGAAUUUCCCAAAAGUUUUUGAAUAAAAAAUUUAGUCAGAAUAUUUUUUCACUGUUUCAAAAAAUCAUUGAAUUGAAAACGUUAAAUUAUUUUGAUAGUGAAAAGUAGAUAUGAAAAUCCUUCAAAAAAUGUUUCACUGUUUGGAAAAUUUCAUAAUAAUUUUGUGACGCGUUCUUUCUGAUACAAGCUCAAAUGUUAUUCCAAAAAAAUUUUUUUCAAAAUUUUCCCUGAAAUUCUUCAGAUGAAAUCGAAAAGUGCAAGUUCGAUUUCAAACGAACAAAUUCCGAGAUUUUUUCCGAGAAAUCGACAGAAUUCUCAGAAUUCUGAUGAUUUUUACAAAUUUUAUUGGUCAGUUUUGAGUGCUUUUCGCAGUUUGAAUUUGAAACUACAGUAAUCCAGGAUUACUGUUUGGUUUGCAGUUUCUGAUGUGUGUGAACAGUAAUUUUUGGUAUUUUACAGUUUGAAUACUGUAUGUUUGUUGUGUUUUGUUAAGAAACUACAGUAAUCCAGAACACUACAGUAAUGCAAAAUUUUCAAAAUAAAAUCCUAUAUUACUGUAGGCUCAAUUUUUCUCGUUCAAAUUUAAAAAUCAAUAUUUAUUAUCGAAAAUCUCAUCGGUACCACGCGCUCCACCGAAAUAAACACGCAACGCAGACCGCGCCGCGGCACAACACACACAAAAAUAAGGGAACGAUUCAAAAUCCCUCUCUUUUUUGUGUGUUGUGGCGCGGCGCGGUCUGCGUUGCGUGUUUAUUUCGGUGGAGCGCGUGGUACCGAUGAUAUUUUCCAUAAUAUGCACUCUUUUUUUGCAGUUCGGGUUACUGUAUCUGGUUUCUACAGUAACCCACAGUUUAGAAAUUUUCUAAAGAAAAUUAUACAGUAAUCCAGGAUUACUGUAUACUCAAUUUUAGAAAAAAAAAACAAAAUCAAUAUUUUUGCACUUUUUGUCUUUUUCUUAUCUAAUCUUUGUGAAAUGCAGUGUAAAGAAGAAAGUUCGCUCCACCGAACUUUUUCCACGCCAUUUUUUUUGAAUAUUCAUUUUUUUUCUUGCAGAGCAUGCGUGGAACUCCUCGACAACGAGCUCAAGCCUUCGAUGGAAUGUGA